AUGGUGUCCAAAACGACAACGCAAUGGUCUCCGAAUGAUGUGGUGAUUGAAGUAUCCUCGUUUAUUCUGAUCCUCGCCAGUCCUGUUUUUGCGCUCUUCUACUGGAUCUGCUAUCAAUUUUUCAAUGCCUCUCUCUCAUCAACGCUGCGUACUGCCUAUUUUGAAGGCAUCUUUCGAUUCCUGGGAAGCCGAAUGCCAUCUUUUGACAUAGCAUCCAUUCUGGCAUAUGCGGGAUGGACAUUUUUCCAAGCGAUGCUGUAUAAGUUUCUCCCCGGACCGCUGCUAUUAGGUCAACCGACACCUUCGGAACACUGGGAAGGACUCGUUUGGACUGUGAAUAUAUACAGUCUGGCCUUACUUUUUAUCUUCCACUCGAAGGCUUAUUACUGGCCAGAUAGUCCAGAGGAUAACAUAUCUGCAGGGCACUUCUGGACCGAUCUGCUUAACGGCAUUGAAUUCCACCCCCGUUUCGGAAAGCUUUGGGACAUAAAACACUUCCACAGCACUAGAGCUGGCGGUGUUAUUAUCUGGAACGUGGUGGAUAUUUCGUUUGCUGCUGCUCAGUACAACAGUCUUGGCUAUUUGACAAAUUCUAUGAUCCUGGCUGUCAUAUUGCGACUGCUAGUUGUGCUAGAUUUCUUUGCCAAUGAGAAGUGGUUUAUCGGUACAUUGGACAUUGCAUAUGAGCAUUUCGGGUUUUACUACAUUUACGGAUACUCGGUAUUCAUGCCUAUGAUAUACACCCUUCAAGCGCAAUACCUCUACCGCCAUCCUAAGUCACUUUCGAUCCAAAGUGUUAUUUUUAUUGCGCUUGUUUGGACGAUUGGCUGGUUUCUCUCUUUGUGGGCCAAUUAUCACAAAGAUCUAGCCCGCGAAUCCCAAGGCCAGUGUACGAUUUGGGGCGCAAAGGCGAAUUACAUUGAAUGCUCCUAUACACUUGCCUGUGGAAAGGUGCAAAGUUCAAAACUGUUGUGCUCCGGUAUGUAUCCUAGCUAG